CCCCAUCCAAACAAAGUCUAGUUCUUAUGGUUUAAGAUUCAUUUGGAGGAAACGACAGAAAUGUUUGAGGUCAUGGACUAUUGUUCAGAUUGAACAAGGCCUUUUCUUUCAUCUAAAUCACCAGGAAACUAAAGAGUUCCGACUCCAGAUUGAUAUGACAGACAAAGAUUGAUCGAUGGAUUCUAGAAGAUGAGAAGUUAGUGAUUGGCAUGGAUUCAUGUUUGACAAAACCCCCUUAGGUGACCUUUCUUUCAGAAAAAAAUGGAGGAAUUGGAUAACCAGGGUUUAAGGCUUGUUGUGGUUUAUAUCCUUUGCCUUCUUCUGUUUAUCAGAUCAGCUUUUGCAAGUGAAGGUUUUGUGAGCAUAGCGUGCUGUGCUGAUUCAGAUUAUACAGAUCCAAAGACUUCAGUAAAUUACACGUCAGAUUUUAGUUUCUACCCAGAUAAAACAAACUGCGUAGACACAAUUAAGCCCGUGGAGAACCAUGGGAAAGCUAGAGUGUUUGAUAUAGAUAAAGGAAAAAGAUGUUACAACUUGCCAACAAUUAAGGAUCAAGCAUAUCUGCUCAGGGGCGCAUUUCCAUCUGAUGACUCUCUGAGUGUAUCUCCGAAUUCCUCUUUUGUUGUUACGAUUGGGGUUACCUUAUUAGGUGUGGUAAAUAAACCAUCUCAGGACGUGGAAUUACUUGAAGGAAUUUUCAGAGCUACAAAGAAUUACACGAGUUUCUGCUUAGUUGCGGAAGCCGGAAGUCCUUAUGUUUCACUUAUUGAAGUGAGGCCGUUUGGAGAAGAGUACCUACUGGAUUCCCCUUCAAGUGUCCUAAAAGUGAUCACAAGAAAUAACUUAGGGGCCACCGGAGAUGACAUCAGGUACCCGCUUGACCGAAGUGACAGAAUCUGGAAAGCUACUUCAAGUCCGUCAUCUUCUCACGUAUCAUCGAAUGCAAACAUUUCCAGCCACAAUGCUAAUUCGACACCUCCUCUACGAGUCUUACGAACCGCUCUUACGCAUGCUGAUAGGUUGGAAUUCUUCCACAGUGGCCUCGACCCUGAGAAUUCCGAAUACCGUGUGAUUCUCAGCUUUCUUGAAUUGAAUAAUAGCGUCGGACGAAGCAAAAGGGUGUUUGAUAUUUACGUGAACGGGGUGAUCAAAGUGCCGAAGUUUGACAUAUUUGCUGGUGGAUCGAAUUACAGACAAGCUGUUUUGAACUUGUCGGCAAAUGGGUCGCUGAAUCUUACCUUGAGCAAGGCUUCUGGGUCUGAGAAUGGACCGCUUUGUAAUGCAUACGAGAUCCUGAAGGUCAUCCCCUGGAAACAGGAGACCAACCAAACAGACUCGGAAGUGAUGUUGAAGGUGAGAGAGCAAUUGUUAGAGAAUAACGGAGGAAAUAAAGAGCUGGAGAGUUGGAAUGGAGACCCUUGCAUUAUGUUUCCAUGGAAGCAUGUAGGAUGUGAUCGUUUAAGUGGUCAACUUGUUAUCACUAAACUGGAUCUUUCUUCAAGUAAUCUCCGAGGACCAAUUCCUUCCAGUAUCACUGGGUUGUCCAACUUAAAAAUACUGAACCUGAGCUACAAUAGCUUAAGUGGGAAUAUCCCCACAUUUCUGCCUUCAUCUUUGCUUACAUCAAUAGAUCUGAGCCACAAUGAUCUCACAGGAUCGCUUCCAUGGACCCUUCCCUUACUGCCACAACUGAAGUCCUUGUAUUUUGGCUGCAAUAAGCGCAUGGACAAGGAGAUUCCAACUUCCUUAAACAGCUUAGAAAAUACAGAUUACGGAAGUUGCAAACCUGGAGACACAGGAAUUUCACAAAAGCAUAUCAUCAUUGGCACUGUUACAUGUGGAUUGCUCCUGUUCAUUUUGGCCGUUGGAAUUCUUUUUGGUUGCCAUAGAAGAGGAAAAUUAGUCCCCUGGAAAGCAUCUGAUGAAAAGGGAUACCCACCAACCACAAAUUUAAUCUUCUCUUUAACCAGUAAAGAUGAUUUCUUCGUCAAGUCAGUGUCCAUUCAAACAUUCACGCUUGAAUACAUAGAGGCAGCCACCCAAAACUACAAAACUUUGAUUGGUGAAGGAGGGUUUGGGUCUGUUUACCGUGGCACCCUAGAAGAUGGCCAACAAGUGGCAGUGAAGGUCCGUUCAGCCACAUCAACUCAGGGGACUCGUGAAUUUGACAACGAGGUAAACUUGCUCUCUGCUAUACGCCAUGAGAACCUGGUGCAUCUUAUUGGUUACUGUUGUGAAAAGGAUCAACAAAUUCUCGUGUAUCCUUUUAUGUCCAAUGGUUCUUUACAAGAUAGGCUUUAUGCAGGGGAACCAGCAAAGAGAAAACCAUUAGACUGGCCAACCAGGUUAUCUAUUGCUCUGGGUGCAGCUCGAGGUUUGUCGUAUCUCCAUACAUUUUCGGGACGUUCUGUUAUACACAGAGACGUCAAAUCAAGCAACAUACUUCUGGAUCACAGCAUGUGUGCCAAGGUAGCAGACUUUGGUUUCUCAAAAUAUGCUCCUCAGGAAGGAGAUAGUGGUGCUUCUCUUGAAGUAAGAGGAACCGCAGGAUAUAUGGACCCUGAGUACUACACAACACAGCAAUUAUCGGCAAAGAGUGAUGUCUUUAGCUUCGGCAUGGUUCUACUUGAAAUUGUGAGCGGCCGGGAACCUCUCAACACACGAAGACCACGAGAUGAGUGGAACUUGGUAGAAUGGGCUAAACCAUACAUAAGGGCGUCAAAGAUCGAUGAAAUUGUGGAUCCUAACAUCAAGGGAGGAUAUCAUGCAGAGGCCAUGUGGAGAGUUGUGGAAACAGCACUGUCAUGUAUUGAACCAUUCUCAGUGCAUCGACCAAGCAUGGCUGAUAUUGUACGUGAGUUGGAGGAUGCUCUGAUUAUAGAAAACAAUGCAUCAGAAUACAUGAAGUCCAUAGAAAGCCUUGGAGGAUCAAAUCGCUAUUCCUUUGUAAUAGAGAAGAAGAUUGUAACCCCAUCUCCAUCCACAACAGAAUCAACCGUCUCGCCUAAAACCAUGUCCCACCCACAUCCCAGAUAGCAGCAAAUAUGGGCGAAUGAGAAUCCUUUUGAUUCGUUAGUGAUAAUCACUCUAGUCAUGUCACAUUCUAAAUGAUGAGGGAGACAAUGAUAACAAAUAGGUUCAGAUCAAAAUAUGCAGCGUAAGUGUAUUUGAGUAACACAUUGAAAGUACUUUCCCCAAAUUGUUGAAUUUGGAGAAAGCAAAUGUGGGUUUGGGUGUUUGUCACAGUAAAAAUAUGGUGAGAUGGCGAACACCGUUACUAAAGCCACUAGUAAAGAACACCAACGACGGGUUUUGGCCGUGAGUAUUUCAUUAAUCAACUCAUUGACAGCUCAAGAAAGCUUUCGAUGGAACUAUGAACAUCUGGAAUGUCAGGGAAUAGCAAAGAUGGAAGCGAAUUAAUGAUGAACUCUCAGUUUAACCAAAAAGCUGCAAAGGGCUUCUAUUUUCUCUUUCUGUUUUGUUUUAUUUCCAUCUAACAUCAAUUGAUGUAAUGAGUUUAAUAUGUUGACCCAGUGGAUCUGGACUCUGUAAUACGACAACACAAAAACCCGAGGGGAACAAGACUAGAACUUUGAUGCUUUUGUGAAGCCUUUUAUCAUGGAUUGUUUCCUCAUGAGUUCAUCCCCAAAGUAGUGCAGUUUUGAGUUAUACCAUUUCAGAUAACCGGUUAAUAAAUACCUGCCUCCAUCCACAAAUUACUGCUUCAU